UGGUGGAAAAGUGGAUUUCCAGGCACAAUUGGAUCCAGGAGACUUAAUCUACUAUCUUACUGAGCUAUGCAACAACCCUAGAGCACCCUAUGAAGUACAGUUGGGUGCUUAUAAACUCUUGGACCCUUCUCCUAAUAUGGUGACAUCGGCCGUUAAACGUGUUAUCUCCCAUCCUGACUACAAUGGCAAGGACGGCUCCAUUGGAGACAUUGCUUUAGUGGAGUUGAAUUCCCCAGUGACUUUCAAUGACUAUAUCCUUCCCAUCUGCUUGCCAGCAUCUUCUGUGGAGUUUCUUGCAAACACAAAAUGCUGGGUCACUGGAUGGGGACGGAUUGGGUAUUCAGAAGACUUGGCAUCCCCCAAAAUCCUUCAGGAAGUGGACGUACCUAUCAUAGAUCGUGAUACUUGCAACAAUCUCUAUAAUAUAAGCAAAGGAUAUCAGUUACAAACUGAUCUUGUCAAGGCUGAUAUGAUCUGUGCAGGGUACAAAGAAGGUGGAAAGGAUGCCUGUCAGGGUGAUUCCGGAGGGCCCUUAGUCUGCAAAUCCAAUGGGGCCUGGACACUGGCUGGGGUGGUGAGUUGGGGGGAAGGCUGUGCUCAACCCAACCGAGUUGGCGUAUAUACAUCAGUACCUUUCUACCUAGAUUGGAUCCAAAACAAUAUAAAUACAAAUAGUGGACUUUCAAACUUCCCCAGGGUGACUCUACUUUUGCUGAUUUUUGUACCAACCCUCCUAUAAA